GAGUCCUCAUAGGGCUUCUGGUCUUACUUCCCCUACCAGCGCCUAAGGACUUUAAGUAAACCGGAAGAGAACUCCUGGGAAGAGAGAGCCAGUGAGCCCCUUGGCUAGCCUGUGAGGAGCUCAGGAGACCAUAAGUCAAGGUGAGAAGAGAGAUCAAAGACAGCCUGUGCCUGGACAGAGUGGAAGAUGGCCAACAGGAUGGAGGCUCAGCCUGAGGACCUGCCCAUUGGUGAAAAUGCCUCUGCUAAAAUCCCUGGUUGAUGUUGUCAUGAAUCAUGACAAGAAACAGCUUCACAAAAGAAGCCUACAAGGGGCUGGAGAAAUGGCUCAGCAGGAGCCAGCAACCUCUGCAGACAUGGAGACUGUGGUUCGAAGAUGCCCAUUCUUAUCGCGAGUCCCUCAGGCCUUUCUGCAGAAGGCAGGAAAAUCUCUUUUGUUCUAUGCUCAAAACUGCCCCAAGAUGAUGAUGGAAGUGGGAGCCAAGCCGGCCCCUCGAACCCUGUCCACUUCAGCAGUACACUGCCAGCAGACCAAAGAAACCCCUCCAGCUGAUGAGAAAGAGAAAACUGCCAAAGCCGCAGUCCAGCAGGCUCCUGACGAUGGCGCACAGCUCCCGUCUGGACACCCGUCACCCGCGACAAGCCAGGGCUCUGGGAGCAAGUGCCCUUUCUUGGCCGCACAGCUGAGCCAGACAGGCAGCAGUGUCUUCCGGAAGGCCAGCCUGGAGCUUCAGGAGGAUGUGCAGGAAAUGCAUGCCGUGAGGAAAGAGGUUGCCCAGAACUCUGUGACCCCCAGUGUAACCAGUGUGAAAACCGGUGGAGAGGAUCCGAGCCAGCAGCUAAAGAACUUCCAGGAUAUCAUGCGGAAGCAGAGGCCAGAAAGAGUGUCUCAUCUUCUUCAGGAUAAUUUGCCAAAAUCUGUUUCCACUUUUCAAUAUGAUCGCUUCUUUGAGAAGAAAAUUGAUGAGAAAAAAAAUGACCAUACCUACCGAGUUUUUAAAACUGUGAACCGGAGAGCACAAAUCUUCCCCAUGGCAGACGACUACACGGACUCCCUCCUCACCAAAAAGCAGGUGUCAGUCUGGUGCAGUAACGACUACCUAGGCAUGAGUCGCCACCCGCGCGUGUGUGGGGCAGUCAUGGAGACUGUGAAGCAGCAUGGUGCAGGAGCUGGUGGAACUAGGAAUAUUUCUGGAACCAGCAAGUUCCACGUGGAACUGGAGCAGGCGCUGGCCGACCUCCAUGGCAAAGAUGCAGCACUCUUGUUUUCCUCCUGCUUCGUCGCCAACGACUCCACCCUCUUCACCCUGGCUAAGAUGAUGCCUGGCUGUGAAAUUUACUCUGACUCUGGGAACCAUGCCUCCAUGAUCCAAGGGAUUCGCAACAGUCGAGUGCCAAAAUAUAUCUUCCGCCACAACGAUGUCAACCAUCUCAGAGAACUGCUGCAAAGAUCUGACCCCUCAGUUCCCAAGAUUGUCGCAUUUGAAACUGUUCAUUCCAUGGAUGGAGCCGUGUGCCCACUGGAAGAGCUGUGCGAUGUGGCCCAUGAGUUUGGAGCAAUCACGUUUGUGGAUGAAGUCCAUGCGGUGGGGCUGUAUGGUGCUCGAGGCGGAGGGAUUGGUGACCGGGACGGAGUCAUGUCAAAAAUGGACAUCAUUUCUGGUACACUUGGUAAGGCGUUCGGCUGUGUCGGAGGGUACAUCGCCAGCACAAGUUUGCUGAUCGACACCGUACGGUCCUACGCUGCUGGCUUUAUUUUCACCACCUCCCUGCCUCCCAUGCUGCUGGCUGGAGCCCUGGAGUCUGUGCGGAUCCUGAAGAGUGCCGAGGGGCGCGCCCUCCGCCGCCAGCACCAGCGCAAUGUCAAGCUAAUGAGGCAGAUGCUGAUGGACGCUGGCCUCCCGGUCAUCCACUGCCCGAGUCACAUCAUCCCUGUGCGGGUCGCCGAUGCUGCUAAAAACACAGAAAUCUGUGACGAACUGAUGACCAGGCAUAACAUCUACGUCCAAGCCAUCAAUUACCCCACGGUGCCACGUGGGGAGGAGCUCCUACGGAUCGCCCCCACCCCGCAUCACACCCCGCAGAUGAUGAACUUCUUCCUCGAGAAGCUGCUGGUCACGUGGAAGCGAGUAGGGUUGGAGCUAAAGCCACAUUCGUCAGCGGAGUGCAACUUCUGCAGGAGACCCUUGCAUUUCGAAGUGAUGAGCGAGAGAGAGAAAGCCUAUUUCUCAGGCAUGAGCAAGAUGGUGUCUGCCCAGGCCUGACUGUGACCUCAGUUCCUCACCUAACCCCCGGCCAUUACCAUAUCCAAUAGUAGCCAGAAUUGUCUUUAUAUGUGAAAUAAAUUAUAUAUUAAAUCUUAAUCUAUAGUAAAAUUAUAGUCCUGAAAAUAA